AUCAACUGACCUCUGACGGCACAAACAAUAAGAUCUUUCUAUCUACGAGGUGCAAGGUCAACACCCUUCGUUACGGUUGUCAUCGUACCAUGUUGCAACUUCUUCUCGUAACGAGUUUCAUAAGGCAGCAGAUGGCGACCUCGGGUAGAUUACCUAGCCUGGGGUGGAUUGGACCUUGUCACUUGUCAGAGUCAGACGGAGUACUCCGUACGGAGCACCGUGCUGUCACUAUACAGUCUCCGAACUCCGAAGUCGGAGGGCCGUUGGGGAAGUUGGAGCGAAAAGAUAGCCUGCGGAGCGAGAUGGCCACACACCUACAGGGCCAUUUUAGCGCGCACACUGUAGCGUGCAAGGGCUAGUCGAGUGGAGUCUUCCGAGUACUAGGCUACUAGUCCUUUGCAGUUCUGCUGGCAUGAGGCCUAGUGAUAGGCUGAAUGAUGCCAUUCGCGGGCUUGUUCCAUGGCCCUAUAUUAGUCUAUCCAACAAAAUCAGUUGUGACUACCUACUCCGUGGCGGUCGUGCCAUGUGACGCG